AGUCAACUAGUAAAUGACGGUUGAUUUGUCUAGUUGAUUCUCGAGUUUAUGCUAGAAAAAAAUGUUGUUUUUGUUUUCUCUCUCUCUCUCCUUUUCUUGCUGAUUGUUGUUGAUUGUAGACUAACUCAUUUAAAUAAUUAAUGAUAUCCUGAUUAGAUAUACAACUCAAAAGUUGUUGUUGUUGAUCACAGUUAUCAUUAUUCAUUUUCGAGUCAAUUACAUUAUCCAAUCAGAGUGUCCACAUUGUUGCACACAAACGAUUGUGGACUCUAAAUAAUAUCACUGAUCAAAAUAUAUGUGUACAUGUUUAUGUAUGUGUGUGUGUAUGCUUAAGUCUGCAAGUGUGCACAUAUCAUAAACACAUUCUGAGUACACACAUAGUGCUGGAAAUUAGUAAUAUAUAUAAACAUUAAUUCUGUUAUUAUGAUUAAUAUUUUUGUUAUCCUAGUAACAGUGCCCGGCGAUUAUCAGCAUUAAAUAUACUGAUAAUUUACAUUUUCUUCAUAGAGAAAUCUAUAUUCAUCAAAUACCAAAACUUACGUAUCUUUUAAUCAUCGAAAUUGUAUUCCAACAUGACAUCCACUGAGACCAAAUCCAUUUCACCAACGAAUUCUUUAAAUCUUGGACAAAAUUUUAAAUAUCAAGUAUUUAGUGAUAACACCGAAGGUAUUUCUAUUGUCAAUACACCUCAAACAACCAUGGAUAAAAAACAUUAUCUAUGGGAACGUGUAAAUAAUAUGAAAACAUCAUUGGUUGAUUCAGUACAACGUAAAAUACCCGUACAUCAUAGUAAUCAACUAAAUGAUAUAUUUAAACGUUUUCAAUAUUUCUUUUCAAUUAUUGGACCAAUCUUAUUACUUAUUAUGUUCAUAUUAGUAUUAGUUUAUUGGAAACGUGAACAGAAUGAAUUAUGGAAAAGUCGAAAUCAAUGCUACACAAAAGAAUGUUUAAUAUCUUCCAGUUCAAUUGUUGCACAUAUGAAUAAAACAAUAUCACCAUGUGAAAAUUUUUUUCAAUUUGCAUGCGGUUCUUAUUAUUCUCCAUUUCAUCCAGAUCAAGAUGCUGAACAACCAGCUGUACAAGCUCAUCGUGUUGUUGCAAGCGCUUUUGGUAAAGAUACCAUACAAGAUUAUUUUAAAAGUGGUCGAAGUCGACGAAUGUUAAGAUUUGACAGACCUAUGAUUGAACAUUUAACUGAAAUUAAUGUACAUGCAAUUAUUAACUCAUUACGUAAUAUUUAUAGUAAUUCAUAUGGACAAUAUAAUUCGGCCAAAUAUAAGGUUGCCCAAUUUUAUGAUUCAUGUUCUUCUACUUCAUUAAGAAAUUGGCUUGGUGCACAUCCAUUAAUGAGAAAAGUAGCACCACUUCUAAAUGGUAUAUGGCUACUAGAUAGAAAUGCAUCGAAUGAAACCGGUGCUAAUAUAGUUAAUCAAACAUCAGCAUGGCCAAAACGUUUAUUUUCGGAUUCAUAUUUAACCCAACAAUUUUAUAUGGCAAAAAACUGGUCAUGGAUGGAUUCGAUCAAACAUUUACAAGUUCAACUUAAUGUGCCGACAUUUGCUGAUUUUUACAUAUACACAAGUCCAAUUAAUAAACCACGAUUAUAUUUGUUCCCUGACUCAGGAGCUAUGGGACAUUUAUCUGAUUAUAAGAUUAAAACAUAUGUGAGUGGUGUGCUAGAAGUAUUAGCUAGAGACGCUGGUAUCCCAUAUGGAAAUGAAGAGUACAAAGAACGAACAAGAAUAUUUACAAAUGAUCUCAAACUAGUAACUAGUGAGUUACAAAAGAUUUAUCGACGUACAACUCCGUCAAAAUGGUCACAAAAAUCUAAGCUUGGUGAUUUAAAUAUCAAUGGAAAUGCUUACGAUUGGUCAGGCUUGUUAGGUGCCUAUUUUGAUGAGACUUAUGUGGUUUUUGAUUCGGACUAUCCAAUUUAUACCCGAUAUUUAGACUAUUUACAAAAAUUCCCAAUACUUAUUGGCACAUUGGAAAGAAAUUUCACAAAAUCUGUAGCUGAUCGAAUCAUGAAUAACUACAUGUUGUGGAAUGUUCUAGAUACGUACACAUGGCAUUUGUCAUAUGAAUAUUACAUGUUACAUUUAUCAUACAAUUAUCAAACUGAACAUAUCAUGGAUCUGGAGUGUUUUUUUGUAACACAUGAACUAUUUGAUACUGUAUUAGGAGCAAUUUAUGCUGAAAAACAUGUACAUAACGAAACAGAAAACGAGGUUAAACAAAUGACAACAUAUUUAAGAACUAGUUUAAAAAAUCAUUUAAAACAAAUACAAUGGAUGGAUGAACAGACUAAAAAAGAUGUGAAUGAAAGAAUUAAUAAAAUGAAAAUUUUAUUCAAAGUUCCGGAAAUUAUGCGCGAUAAUAAGAAAUUAAAUUAUGCCUAUCGAACGCUGAGAACUUCAUAUAAUUACUUAAACAAUCUAUUCUCAGCUAUUCAGUAUAUUCGCGGAGUGUAUAAUCGUCUACUUUCUGGUGUUACGGAAACAAGUGAAGAAAAUUGGAGUUCACGAGAUGUUAUGGUGUAUGAUUCACAUGUAGCUUUAUAUUUACAGUUAGAUGAAGUAUUUAUUCCGCCUGGAAUGCUUCAGUUACCAAUAUUUCAUCAUAAUUUACCAGCCGCUUUUAAUUUUGGUGGUUUAGGAUCUUUGAUUGGUACUGCUAUUGGUAUAUUAGUUGGAGAAUAUGGAUCCGUUAUGCUGAAAGGAGGUGAAAUUCAGUCAGUUUGGACAUCUGAAACUACUCGUAAGUAUCAAGAACAAAAGAAAUGCGUUCAAGAUCAGAUUUACAAUGCAUCAAGAAAUUAUUUUAAUUUCUCCGACUAUAUUAUGUCAUCAAUCAAUGAUGACAUCAAGAAAGUCACACAUGCAGUUAUUCAUGAAGCAUCUGGAUUAGACAUUGCUAGAUCUGCAUUCGAAGAUUGGAUCAAUGAUUCCCCGGGAGAAAAAUAUUUACGACAUUUACCUGGUGUUGUAUUUGAUUCCAAACAAUUAUUCUACUUGAUAUAUGCACAAGUAAGUAAUCAUAAAAAUGUAAAUUUAUGUGAUUGAUUCAAUUCUUCUACGUAAAACUGAAGACAACGCUAUUCUCCAAAAAAAACCUGUAAACAUUCAUAUAAUAUUGUUGAAUUAACGUUAUUAUUAGUAGUAUACGUUAUAUUUUGUUAGUCAUAAAUCAUCAGUCAAGAAGUUCCCAAAGAGUAAUGACUGCAGAAUAUCGAAACAAAACCAUUCAGUCAGUAAUAACACCGGCCUUGAUGCAAGUUUUGAUCAGUUAAAUUAGACACAUCAAGAUAAUGAAAGGAAAUUUAUAAAGUCAAGAGUAAAUAUGUUGAAAUAACAGAAAUGUCAAUAAUGAUGAUGACUAUUGCUAACUUAUUCAACUAAUAUAUAAGAUUUAUGAAAUAAUAAUUCAAACCACUGAUAAUAGUAUGCCAAAAUGGCAUAAAGCCAGUUCCUAUUUUCACUUCCCAGUACUUCUAUACUAUGAUAAUACACUUUCACAAUAUUCUUGUCUGAGUUUUCUGUUGGGUAACAUGACAUGAAUGAUAAACUUUUAAUAAUUUUGUGAUGUGAUUUGUGGAGAUGAUUGAAUUUCCAUGGUUUAUAUAACGGACUGGUCUUGAUCUGGCAAACAUUAAAAAACCGGAAAGCUCUGAACAGCUCCUUGAUUCUAGCAUGGAAUUUCUCAUUCGAAUGCAUUCACAAAUCAAGAGGAGAUCGAACCCAGAAGCGUCCAACCUCCAGACCACUGACCCUACAUCAAAUGUCAUGCACAUCUAAUCUUAAUCAAUUUGCAAUAUUGUGAGACCGUCUCUUAACCCAAUCGAUAUCGUGGAUGCCCAUUGUUGAGGGGUUCCAUACUAAAACGAGAGAUGCUUAGUGUUGAUCUAACUAAAAACAGCCCACAAUGCAAUCUAUGAAGAUUAUAUGGUAGCUUACUUACUUACUUACGCCUGUUACUCCCAGUGGAGCAAAGGCCGCCGACCAGCAUUCUCAAACCCACUCUGUCCUCCGCCUUCUUUUCUAGUUCCAUCCAAUUCUUGUUCAUUUUUCUCAUGUCUAUCUCCAUUUCCCGGCGUAAUGUGUUCUUGGUCUUCCUCGUUUCCUUUGCUUGUCCUUGAGGAUUCCAUGUGAGGGCUUGUCUUUUGACACAGUUGGGUGCUUUCCUCAAUGUGUGUCCUAUCCACUUCCAGCGCUUCUUCCUGAUUUCUUCCUCCGCUGGGAUGUGGUUUGUUCUUUCCCACAGUACGUUGUUGCUAAUAGUGUCUGGCCAAUGGAUCCAAAGUAUUUUGUGUAGACAACUGUUAAUAAGCACCUGUAUUUCCUGGAUGAUGGUUUUCGUAGUUCUCCAGGUUUCCGCCCCAUACAGUAGAACUGUCUUGACAUUUGUAUUGAAAAUAUGUGGUAGCUUAGGAAAUAUUAAACAUUUAUUACCAUUAUCGACAGUUUAUGAUGAAAUAUUUGAAUAAUAUUCAACACUUUUUUAUUUGUCUUCCCAGACAUUUUGUCAUGAUAUGGAUUUAUGGGAUGAAUAUUACCAAAUGAUUAUAAGAACACCCCAACCACCUUAUGAAGUUUUGUAAGUAGUGUACAUUUUAAAAUAAUCAAAGUAUCAAUUUUAUGAAAUUUAGACGUAAGAAUGGGGAGAGGACUGUUGUAGUGUUCUCAUGUAAUCAUAAAUUGAAUUAUUAUCAAUUCAAAUAUCUUAACAACUGAUUGGUAGAUCUUUCUUGAAAAUAGAAACGGUUCAUUUCCAACGUAAGUUCAAUUUUGAAAAAUAGUCCGUUUGGGUGAUAAUGGGUCACAGUAAAGUUAGUUGACCUAAAGCGAGUCCCAAUGAAAACAGAUAUACCUGGAAGUUGUGGUUCGUGGAGCUGUGUAACCACCUAAUAAAUUACAACUUCAUAUUUUAAGCGACAAUUAAAAGAUACGGCGUAUAUCGAGUACUGGAAAUACAGGUUUGGAGAUUUGUCCGGCUGACAAAUAACUAACAGAAAGAAGUAUAUAUACUUAAGUUUACAAACCAACCUUAACUUUCUCUCUAUCUGUUUCUAUGAUGGCCAGUACUCUAAGUCAAAGUAGACGGUGACUGGAUAUGCACCUCAUAAAUCUAGUAAUUUUAGUCGAUGAAAGUGCACAACUGCACACUAUGGAAACAGUUCAACAUAAAAAUUGAUAUUAAGCAUAUUAGCUCAUUCAUAUUAACCAUUUACAUAAUCGCUCGACUGAUUAAUUAACAUCAGUUAUAAGCUUGAUUGUACUCAUAGUCGAAGUUAAUUGGAAAGUAUAUUUAAAUGAUAAACCUAAAUACAUUCAAAAGAACUCAUCCAUUAUUGACGUACAACUAAACGUUAAGACAAAAACUAUUACCAAAUGCCAUAAUUUUGUAAUAAUGAAAUUGCAUAGAAAUGGAAAUCAGAAAUAAUGAUACAUUUUGCAAUAUAAGAUUAAAGUAACAUAAACAUUUGGAAAUAAAAAGUUUCAUAAUAAGUUUUAAAGUAAAAUCAGUAAAACAGUAUGAAAAGCUGUCAGGGUCAACUAGAGAGAUAUAUGAAACACAACGACAGAAUUUGAAAGAUAAGAAACCAGGCAGUUUGACACUUCAGCUCUACUUUUCCCAUUGUUUAAAUAUAUAAAGAAAACUUAGUUCGGGGUUAUUUGUUUGUUCAACUUAAAUCCCAUUUUUGUAGAUCCAGUAGUUUUGCUUGUCAAACGUUUUCCAGUUACCACUACACAAGUUUUAUGUUUAGUGUAAUAAGAACUUGUAGUGUGGCGUCGAGUCGCGAUUGACUAUGAUCACCACUACAGGAAGACUACGUGCCAGUUAACAGGUUAGAUUGCCCCUUACACCAAAUAUCAGAAGGCAGUUGAUGGCUGUAGUCGAGAUGUAUUUGUUGGCAAUCUCGUGAUAUCGAAAGAAUACCGAGAUCGUGCCACAUUACAAAUGUGGUUACUGAGCGUAACCGAAUUCGUGUAAGGUCACAAUCAACGGAAGGAAGAAUGUCUUUAGUACAGUUAAACGAACAAGUACGGUAAAACAAUCCCUGGUACAAUUGGUUAUAAUAAUAAUUGUUUCCAUUACACCAAUUGCGUUCUCUUGACAAAAGUAGGUCAGUACAAACUCAUGAUAUUUAAUAUCAGUGAUCAGAAAGUGUAGAACAUUUUCAUUGAUUUUUUCCCAAGAAAUUCACAAAUGGAUCACUGGUUUAUUUAGAGAUACGACUGAACAGUCACAACACCGAUAUAUCAUUGAGUAUUGUGCAAAACCAGUAUACUCAAGAAGGUAAAUGAAAUUAUCACGAAAACUAGUAUAAUUCUCCGUAAUAUGGUAAAAUUGUUUAGUGAAAGAUCACCAGUGAGCAAAUGAUUUUACAAACGAGGUCGUAUUAAUAAGUAUUACGGAAUGAGGAUUCCGCAUGACUUCAAUCAAAAUAAUGAAACGACCAUUAAAUUUUGGACAGUUAAUUCUACGAACUCUCAUAUCGUUUAGAACUUAUUAGGUAAGAUAUAUCCAAAUUAAUUUGCAGGUUAUGUUUACGUGUUACUGAUUAGCGAUUCCUUAUUAUUAACUGUGUGUAGUUUGACAAUAAAACCUGACUUUCAUCAAUAUUAUCAGAAUAGGUUUUGCGGAGAUUUUUAGAAAUUUCAGUUGUUGAAAUCAUGAGUCAAUUGAAGCUAGACCAUCAUGGAAAACCUGGGAUCACUGGACAGUCGUUUCGUCCUAGCAUGGGACUCCUCAGCAGUGCGCAUCCACGAUCCCGCACCCCGCGAGAUUCGAACCCAGGACCUAUCAGUCUCGCGCCAGGCGCUUAACCAACUAAACCACUGAGUCGGCAUCCAUUGGUGUUAAUGUCUAACUUCAACCAAUCCACGAAGUUGAGCCACCGUACACCAUUAUCUCCAGUGAGUUGCUAUUUCACAACAGACCUGGUUGAGCUCCACUGGUAAUGACUUCUCACUAGAACUCCAGGAGUAUCUCCUGAAGUCAGUCACUAUUGAGCAGGUGAUUAUUAUUAUCAGAAUGGGUUUUGUGGAGAUUUUUAGAAAUUUCAGUUAUCAAUAUGAAUGUAAUAAACAUUAAAUUAAAUAACAUAAGCAAUCGUCUAAUAUUUGCCUUUCUCUAAUUAAUUUUCCUGAUUUGAUAGAGUCAAUCAUAUAAUGAAUGAGCUACCCGAUUUCUCUGAUACCUUUAAUUGUCCAGUUGGAACACUGAUGAAUCCUAAAAACCGUUGUCGUGCAGCGCUCUAGUGGUAUUUAUCGAUGAAUCUAUUUUUCACAUAAAACAAUUCUUGUUCUAUUUUUUAAUUCAUACACACAAGGUUUUAUGUUAUAGUAUCCAUUCAAACUGAAAACGAUUUGUAUAUCUACACAUGAUCCAAAUGAAAUGGUAAUUCAGUCUGAUUACUUUAAACUCUAUUCACCAGAAAUUGUUUACAUAGACUUGUAUUGAUGAAAUUUCUCUCCUUGUAAUUUUAUAAACAUUCGUACUUUUCUUUUUAAUAUUAUCUUAUAAUUAACAAGGGGGGGCUCCAUAAGAUGUUUAGAUACUUGAUUUACCGACAAUAUUUCACAGACCAUAGCUUACCAAGCCCAAUUCUUUUGUUUAUUUUAUAAAGUGAAAAUAUAAUGCAUCAAGUUGAAAAUUUGAGUCGAGCUAUAUGAAAUAGCAAACUAUUUUAGUGAUCCGUGAAUAUCUGAUUCCAAUUUGAUCGUGUGAUUAUCAUCAUCGUCUUACACAAGUUGCCAAUCUUCGCAUAUAAUUAUCGACUUAACUCGCGUUAGUAAAUAACAGAAUUAAGUCAAAUACGAGAAUGCAGUUUUGAAUAAGUAUAUUUUGAACAAUCGUUGAUCAGAACAGACAAUCAGAGGGGAGAUGGAGUGAAGGAAGCGAAGAGAAACGGAUUGGAGAAAGCAUGUGAGCCAAAUCACUUUAAUUAAGUGUUACUCAAUAUUCAUAGUCAGACAAAAAUAAGUUAGACAUGUGAUGAGUAAGAUGAGAAAUGCACACACACGCUCACAUAAAAAGUCAAGUUGACAGGCAAAUAGUUAAUAAGGUCAAAAUGUGUCUCAAAAAGGAUGAAUAAAUUGGUCUGUCCGGAAGGUAGAAUAAGCUGUGUAGGCUUGACACAGAAACUGACACCACACUUUCAUAAAAUCACGUCAUAGAGUGAAAUUAAUUGGAGAAAUGAUUGAAAUCUAUAGGGGCGUUGGACAAUCGUUUUGUUCAUUUUAGACUCCUCAGUGGCAUAUAUCUACGACUCCACACAGGACUGAAGAACGAAUCUUGAGAUCACAUAAUAUGCAUCAAGCAUUUAAACUGAUGAGUCUGAAUUGAAUGGACCACAUAAAUGGCCUACUUAUAAAAAUUAGACGAGUAACAAUACGUUUCGUGAAAUACAGUGAAAUAAUUGAGCACGCUACCGUGUACUAGACAUUGAAGAAAUUCGGUUUAUCGUUAAAUCAGAACAUCCGAGAUGAAAUUCGAAUAUAUAACAGUCAAAAGGUUUAAAGACAGCACACAGGAAAGCAGUCAAGACACAAAUCUAGCCACCAUAUUUCCAUUUAGCAGGACCACCGGUUGUUGAGUCCACUUCAAGUCAAAUAACACUGUUGACCUUCGUUUUAUGCGUUAUGCUCGAUAAGUAUACUGACGCUGAUUAGCCCACAGAAAUUAUUUCUGCCCUCAACCUGCUUAAUCAUAAAACUAAGAAAACCAGCCGACUUUCUUCGAUUAUUGUUUUGUUACGACUAAAAAAGUAAUAAUAAACACCGACCGCAGGAUCACAAACUCGCCAUAAGUAGAAAAUGACUAGGUCAUUUCUAAAAGAAAUCUAAGUAACAGGCACAUAAUUAUAUGUAAUUUGUAGCUAGUAAAACAUAAAUCGACAGUUAGUGAGUUGUUUUAAAGCCUGCAGUGUGAGAGUAUUAAGAGGUAACUUCUAAUGUAAGAUAAAAAUGAAUGAUGACAUAGUUAAGUAGAAAUACUAAUGAGUAUUCAUCGUCAGGGUGUAGCAAACUUUAGGGUUCGAUUUUAUCUCCUAACAGAAAUGGCCUCUAAGAAGCAGAGUGUAGAACAGUCAUAUUGCCGAAGGAUUACUGUUAAGGCACACACGACAUCUAAUUUAUGAGCAAGACCGAGUCGAUUAUGAAUGUUUACAAUAUUGAUAUUACAUGGUUCACUCAGACAAAUACAUUUCUGGGCAUACUGUGCAGAG